AUGCAGGCUAGCGAUAGGAAGAGACUCGCGAGAACCCCGUCCCCAGACAUCGAAAGACCCCGAACCCGGCCCCGAAGACAGACCCCCCUAAGGGAGGAAGACUCAGAUGCCUCCCAGGAAGACGCCCGGGAAGACGCCCAGGAAGACUCACAAGACGACUCCCAGGACGACUCCCAGGACGACUCCCUGGAAGACCCCCAAUCCCGCACCCGGCCGAGAACCCAAUCCGCGUUCUCUUCGGAUUCCCUUCCCUCUAUUCGGGCUAUCGAAAGCCAGAUAGAGAGGGAAAAUAGGGCCCCUUUGGCCCGGGAAUUCUCAGAAGACCCCCCACAACACCCGUCGUCUCUAGAGGCCCCCCUAGGGUCUCCUAACCUUCCCACAGCAAGCCUGGCUGCCCAGCACGACAAGAUCACAGCCUCCCUCUUAGAGGCUCCCUCUAUGAAAAGACUGCUAGCCUUCUCUAAGAUCCCUAUCCCGGAAAAGAGGCUCCACGCGAGGCAUGUAGUGCUUUUUACAGCGGCCGCAAAGAGGUCUGCAGAGGGAUUCCUCAAAAAACCCUCUGAAAGAACACUCCUUCCCAUUCUAGUCCUUCCCUGGCUGCUAGGACUAGCCCUUCAGAAGGAUCAAAAGAUGGGACAGAUCCUAAGGGGCUUCCCUGAAAACCUCGACUCUAUCAACCCAGAAGCCCCUAUCCCCCUAGAAGACGCUCUAACGCAGCGGACACCAGCAAGACAGGCUAUCAAGCUUCUAGAGAGGGGAUUUCUAGGGAGAGCUACUAAGGCCCUCUAUGAUGGGACUCCCAUCGCAGAGGAUACCGAGGAAAAUAGGGCCUCCCUUAGGGAAAAACACCCAAUAGGGCCCAAAAACCCCUUUAAUGGGAAAGUAAGGCCCGCAGCAGGACAGCCCAUCACAAAGGAAGCUAUCCUGGAAGCUAUCUCCUCUAUAAGCAGGGAAAAGGCACCCGGCCUUAGCGGCUAG